CAUGCAGACUCUGUUACCAUAUACACUAUCACCUUAACUUAAUGAAAAACAUUACAUAUGAAGUUCUUAUUUGACCUCUUUCAAUCGUGAUCUGUCUCAGACGUGUUCAAAACUUCAGUUGAUUUCAUUCAGUGCACAAAGUGACUGCGAGAGCUAAAAUAAAAAUCGCAACGAAUAGCAAGUUAAACUUGAUGCACCAGCACCAGACUUGCUAUGUAGCAUCUUGUAUUGAUAUCUCACCAAAUUUGGUAUGGCAUCCUCUUAACUUCCUUUGAUUUCACAAAAGGGUUUCAAUUACUUCUCAAACAGACAAUAUGCCGAAGGUGUUGACAGUUUUAUGGAGGAUGAGGAGUCUACAUGUGGUACCCUCUCUUCUUUGAUAUACACUCCAGUCGCAGGCUGGAUGUCCCUCCUUGGUGAUAACGUUUCCUGUAGAAAUUCACUUUCCGCAUUCAAGUGCAUUCGAUCGCCGAAGUCAAGGAGUCAUGAAUAUACCACACGAAUGGAUCUGAGUGACUGGAGCCUAUUUAAGGUAGAUUUAUCACCAUAGAGAGUUUCGAUGAGUCUAAAACGGUCCAUCCUACUCGUCAUAUGAUAAUUGUAGAGCCAUUUCUCCAGCUGUAGUCGCCGAUCACGGCUUUAUUCCAGUAUAAUUAUGGUCUAUAUCCUCAACCUCAAUGGUAGUACUUGGCAACAUCCAGUGUGGACAUCUACGCCAAGGGUAUCCAUUGAUGCCUGUGCUUUCUCGGCGAGGUUGCACUCGCUGCAGGGUUGAUCAGUUCAGCGGCUCAUUUGAUAUCUAAAUGUUAACGCUCUGAUUGAUAAAAGCUGUUAUUUAAUGUCUCAGAAACUGCAAAUAAUUUGACACCGAUCUAGAAGCAGAAGUUCUUGCUCCAACGGCGGCUAGGCAAAUGGCUAAAAGAUGUAUUAAUAACUUACGUACAUUCAAGAAAUAUUUAUGAAUUUAAAUGAUUAUACAGUUAUAAUUUCUUCGCCAUGUAAACAUAUGUACACAUUAUAUAGGUAAAUACACAAUGUAUAGACAUGUGUUUGGACCAGAUCGAUGAUCGAUGACAUGUAUUGAUUAAUUAUGAUUGAAUUUCCGCCACUGAAGGGGAGUACGCACCGUUGCUGUCAAUCAACGUAACGUCAUAUGAUGUGUUCACAUGGAUACUAAUUGUUUUUCAAUAUAUGUUACAUUUACAAGAAUUUGGAUUAAUUUUCGAUACAUGUAACAAUUACGUGACAACGGAUUAUUUUUCACCGCUUAAAUUUUGAAACGGAGCAGCGGUAGAGUAAAUACACUUCUUUGUACAUAACUAAUUGUAAUUACCUUGCGAAUAAAACCUGUUAUUUAUUUGAGUACAUAACUAUAAACAAAAGAUCGAACGCAUUCGGUUUUUUGUAGGCGCUUGUCCACAUAUAAACAAAUGAAGUACGGAAGCACAAACGACGUAGAAAAGUAAUCAUAUUCUUAGAAAAAUCGGUAAAACUAGCCUGAAAACCUGAAGCGGGCAAACUUAGAUUUUUAAACACAGAAAUGAUAAGGCGGACAGGUGUUGUGGUACAAAGUUGAGGCUGACCACGUAGUUGUAUGCGACCGUUCCCGAAGUUACAAAUACUGACAUUGUUUACAUUUGUAUGAGUGAGAAGUUAUGAGUGAUCCUUUGGUUUUAUUGGGGUCACAAUAGUCAUUCUGUCAUGUUUUAUGCCGACUAAUUAUACAUGUAUGCAUCAUAGCACAGAUAUGCUCGCGGGAUAGAUAAAAACAUACAUCAUCCCUACCGUGAACGUUGUGUUUUUCUUAUUUUUUAUAUGAGCUUCAAUUGUUUUUGAGAAAGCAUUGGAUUUAAUUAUUACGUUCAGCACUCGUGAAAUUUUAACUCAAACGCGUGUGCAGCAGUAGAGCUGUCGUUGAAAUAAAGAAAAAGACUCCAGCAGUGAGAACUACAGAAAAACGUUGCAAUUUGCUGAAAGUUUAGUGAAACAAAAGCGAUUAACUUCAAGGAACUACAAGCAGAGCUGUUUCAAGAAUUUGCAUCUUGCUAAUGUUUAGCAGAAACGUAAAAUAAUACUAUUAAUAAAACUGUAUAAUAAUGCAUGCAUGUAUUUGCUAGGAAAUUAAAUAAAUGCUACGAAUAAAUGCAUAAUUACUAUACGAAAACUAGUGUGCUCUGUGACAAACAAGUGUGACAUUUCUCUUAUGUACCGGAAAAUGGUUUAUAAUUAUAGUUGACAUUUGGAACGAAUUUUUAACUAGCAUAUAGAGCAAAAUGGUUCUUCAGAAAAUAUCCAUGAUGAAAUCGGAUUCCUUGACAAUUUGUAUACAUGCACGUGUAAAAUAUAUAUUGACUAGUGCUUUGUUGUUUCUACUUUGUUUGGACGGUGCUUUAUCGUUUAAUGUGGAUACCAAAAAUGUUAAAGUUUUCCAAGGUCCAGCUGGAAUAUAUUUCGGAUAUUCUCUUGCAAUGUUACGGAAUAUACAAGGCAAUUGGCUUCUUGUUGGUGCACCGAGAGCCAACGAUCCUCUUCAACAAGGUAUCACAAGCCCAGGUGUGUUACUGAGGUGUCCGCUAGAUGGCGACAGUGUCCGCUGUGAGGAGGUGGUCGUAGACACUUCAGGGAAUGUAAGAGUGGCAGGGACAUUUUAUGGUGUAACCAAAGUUUUUGAUCACGAUAAAAAUAACCAGUGGCUUGGCGUGUCGGUUGAUGUAGCUCCAAAUAAUGACAGAUUUGCUGUGUGUGCGCACAGGUGGAAAGAUUCGAAGUUUGUUAUGCCAAACGACUUACUGUACAUGCAAGGACUGUGUUACGAGCUUGAUGCAGGAUUUCAACUUCCGGCCAGACUACUUCCGGUCUUGGUAGAUUACAAUAGUCUCGUGCAUCGGCAGGAACGUUAUCCAAUAUGGGCUUACGGUGCUCUUGGACAAGCUGUUGAAUACACAAAGAAUGGCGACGCUUUAGUGAUGGGGGCACCUGGUCUAAACGAUUGGCAAGGAGGUUUUGUAAUUGAGGACAACUUUCGCCGAAACUUCACCGUUCAGCCCCUAGCUGAUGACCGAAAGAACUGGCUGAUUGGUUACACUGUGACAUCUGCUCGUUUGUAUAGGACAAAUACAAACUAUAUAAUAGCUGGAGCACCUAGAGCUAACCUCAAUGGAUCUGUUUUUAUGUUUGAAUAUAAAAGUGACAGGAUUCUAAAUGAGCCCCUGAUAGGAGAUCAGCUAGGGAGCUAUUUUGGUUCAGUCUUGUGUGCCACUGACAUAAACAAUGACCAGUUGGAUGACAUUAUUGUAGGUGCGCCGUAUUAUUCUACCAACAACACGGAGGAAGGGAGGGUGUACGUCUACAUGAACAGAGGCUUGUUAAAGUUAGAGUUACAAGAAGAUAGAAUAAAUGGUUCCACAUCAAACCAGGCUCGGUUUGGCAGUGCUAUAGCUAGUAUAGGGGACAUCAAUAAAGACUCCUAUAAUGAUAUAGCUAUUGGAGCCCCGUAUGAGGCUGAUGGAGCCGGAGCAGUGUAUAUAUAUAAUGGAUACAGUGGAGGUCUGUGGCCCAGAUAUACACAGAGGAUUCUGGGCUCCAGUAUACUACAAGGCAUUAAAUCAUUUGGAGCUUCAUUGACCCCUAGAUCAGUCAAUGAAGGUGAAGUAUUUGCUGUGGGUGCCUAUGAAACUGACAAUGUUGCCAUUCUGCGGGUAAACCCAGUGGUUUCCAUGAAGAUAAUGAUGUACGUCAGGCCAAACAUCAUAACAGCUUCAAUGCCAUAUUUAGAUUUAAACACCUGCUUUAUAUAUACAGGAAAUGCUGCUACCUUGCAGUCAACAUUGGAUAUUACAUACACUAUGCUGGUAGAUACAACAACCCCGGAAGGGUCAGUGCGGGCAAUAUUUGAACCAAACAAAGUGCCGUAUAUUUCACGGGCACUCCAAAUCAAAAAGAAUGAGCAUGUCUGUGAUAAUAACGUUAGAAUUUAUGCACCGUAUCAGGAUAUCUGGCGAGAUGUUGACGUCGAGGUACGAUAUGGCCUUGACCCUGCUACAGCAAGCCAGUGUGUCCGAAACUGCCCAAUCCUGGAGAGAUUCAAUGGUAAAGAUCCACAAACAAGCACACAAGAUGUCUUCAGAAAAGUGAUACAGUACGACAAACAGUGUGGUGAUGACAAUAAAUGUGACACUGGGUUGACGCUGAAACUUCUUCCGCUCACUGAAAGUGGUCAUAUUGUAACAGGACGUGACAGGAAUCUGGAUGUGAGAGUCGGGUUGUUAAACAAUGGAGAAAACGCAUACAAUAUAAUCAUGGAUGUUGUAUUGAUGGGGAACUUUUCGUCCACUAUCAGGACAAAGGAUACAUUUGGGGAGACAAUCGUUGACUGUGCUUUACUACAAUAUGAUAACAGUGACCCUGCACUGGAGAUGGCCAUACAUCGAUGUCGUGUAAGAAAACCGUAUCCUCUAAAAACCAUGGAGGAAGUGACAUACACGCUGCAGAUUCCGCUGGAAAAUGAAGCCAAGAUGACAGAAUUUGAAGCAAACUUCACUGUACGGACAGAAGAUCAGGAUGAUCAUCAGGCAUCACAAAUCCUAAAGUUACCUGUCAAGUCAGAAUAUGGACUUCGAAUCGAAGGUAUAUCUGGUCCGGAACAGGUCACACUAAGUGUACAACAGACAUCUGAAGACUGGACACCUGUAGAACACAGAUAUUCUAUCAAGAAUUUCGGGCCGAGCCCACUAGAGAAUGCAGAGAUUUUGGCCUAUGUUCCAGCUAUUAUACAUAGAAAAGACCCACUAGUUACAAAUAUAUCUGUCUGGUUGACCACGUAUGGGACUGAUCCACCAUUGAAACAGCGAUGUUACGAGGUUGUAGGUGAUGAAGAUAUUCCUAAUACUGAAUCAUCUGGAGGUUACGCCAUCAGUGUGGACUGUUCAUCAUUUCCGUGUCAAAGAUUUUCCUGUAAUCUUUUGUUGUUCAAAAAAGAUGAAUCUAUCCUGGUAUCUGUGAAUGUGUCUGUAAGUCGGCAGAUUCUAACAAGACUGCAGGCUAAAGACACUGUGAGACUGGCAUCAAGAAUUUCUAUACCAGAAGUAAACUUUGGAAAGUCAUUGGACAAAGAGGUUGAGACGAUGUUCCACAAGACGACAAACGCCAUGGAAAGAAAGAAGAUCUCAAUACCAAUAUGGCUUAUUAUUGUCUCUGUUGUGUCGGCAUUCCUUGUUUUACUGGUUAUUGUCGCCAUUCUUAUCAAGGUUGGAUUUUUCAAAAGAUCAAAGAAAGAAGAAAUGAAGAGGUUAAUGCGGCGCAAUUCUUCCCCAUUUUCUGAUACAAACACAUCGAAUGAUACGUCAGCUAGAGCGAAUGGUGCAUCAGAUAGCUCUCGUAUAAUGAGCUCCAUAGAAGACAGUGACGGCUCCACAAAUCACGAAGCCCAUUUCAAUCCUGCAACUGAUCCUGCCAGUAUUGACCAGCUUGAUGGAACGCCGUCAAGUUAUACAGAAAAAAAUUCAAACUUUUAUAAAACAGACUCAAGUUUUGAUUCUGGAUAUAAAUCAUGACAUUUUUUAAGGAGAAACUUAUAUGUAAUAUAAGUGACUGUGUUUUGUGUACAUAAUAAAUCCGAGUUGUAGUGUUCAAUUGUACCUCGUUUUGUAAAUUUUGUUUCAGAGAAAAUGGAGAAAUAAAUGAAUAAUUAUCAUAAAAUUUUAUAAUUAAUGUUUCAUGAAGUUGUUUAAAAAAAUCACUUUCAAAGCAUCAUCUUCAUCUAACAAAUAUGUCAUAAUACUCAAAACGUUUUCAUGGUAUUUUCCGAGAAUUAACCUUAACGCUGCUAUAUUUUUAAAACUGACUAGUCCAUCACUCAAUUUGGACAGUACCAUUUAUUAUUCGAAGGGGUGUUCAGUGAAAAUUUACUCACUGAAUAGCAAACAGUGCAGACCAUGACCAUCUGUGCAGGCUGAUCUUGGUCUGCACUGGUCGCAAAUCCAAAAUCACUUGCUGCCAGCAGGCUAAAGGUUAUAUUGUGUAAAUUUGAUGAAAGUAUGUAGGUCAGAUGUUGAUUAGAACUUAUAAUGACAUUGUUUUGUAAAUUACUGUAAUAUUUUUAUAAUAAAUCUGUAUAAGAAAUCCUA